CGUAAAAUCCAAAAGUAUACAAAAAUCCUUCUUAAUGUGUGAAAAUUGGGAUACAAAAGACGCUCUUGAUGGCUUGAGCAGGCGUUCACCCUACACACAGAUUGCCCUUGGCGCUGGCACGGGUUUCCUCACCGGCUACGUGCUGUUCAAGGCCAGCAAGGUCGCUGCCAUUGUGGCAGGAGGAACGAUUUUGGUUUUGCAGCUGGCAGUGCAAACCGGAGUGAUAAAAAGUAGCCCCCUCGAAACGAUCGUGUUACAGGGGUACCCUCGCAAUUCAGGCAAUGUCCGUGGACAACCAACCGCUGCCACCAAUUCACAGUCGCCCAGGGAACAAUUGACCAAGCCCUAUGAUGUUAUAGCUGGCAGUAGCCGGAUCUGCGUGGCCAUAUUUGGUGGUUUCUUGCUGGGUUUUGGACUGGCAUAAUAUCAUGUACAUAUAUAGAAAGCUCUGGUUGAUCGAAUGCAAAAGAAACCCGAUGAAUCGAACUGAUAUUCGUCGGAACUCCAAAUUUUACACGACAAAACAAAAAAAAAA